GAAUCAUGUUGGUUGCAUGCGUCUCGCGAGCGACGCUCGUCCCACUUCCUUUCAAAUCCCGUUCAACCAUCUUCCUCAGACCAAGAUGGUCCAGUACCCACGCACAGGUUCCGCUUAACAACAAGUCGAAGGUAUGGGAGUCUCCUGAGGAGGCAGUUAAAGAUGUGAAGUCAGGAGAUGUCCUUUUAUGUGGUGGUUUUGGUUUGGCUGGUGUGCCAGACACUCUUCUUUCCGCGUUAGUCAAACGCAAGGACGUCGCAAAGCUAACAGCAGUUUCCAAUAACGCUGGAGCUGGCGACUCUGGACUCGGAAAGUUAUUCAACAGCAAGCAGAUUGACAAGAUCAUCGCGUCAUACCCUGGCGGAAACAAGGCCUUUGAGGCCCUAUACCUUAAGGGCGAGGUAUCUCUGGAGUUAUGCCCCCAAGGUACACUCGUCGAACGUCUCCGUGCUCAUGCCGCUGGUAUCCCGGCGUUCUUCACCCCUACCGGAGCAUCAACAGCAGUAGAGGAAGGUUCUAUCCCAAUACCAGGUAUUAAGAAAGAGAUGCGAGAAUUUGGAGGUCGCAAGUAUAUCAUGGAACCGGCCAUUGCUGGAGACGUCGCUUUCGUUCGCGCAUGGAAAGUCGAUGAAGUUGGCAACUGUGUUUUCCGGUACACUCAGCAGAAUUUUAGCACAGUCAUGGCAAAGAACGCAAAACUCACGAUAGUGGAGGCAGACCAAAUCGUGCCUACUGGCUCUCUGUCACCAAAUGCCAUCCAUGUUCCUGGCAUUUACGUUGAUCGGGUUGUUCAGGCCACCGCACCAAAGCUGAUAGAGCAUAUCAAACUCGCAUCAAGCCCAUCAUCUUCUGGUGAACAGUCUCCCCUGAGUGCUGAGAAAGAAGCUGCACAGAAAAUGCGUCAUCGUACUGCAAAGCGCGCCGCCAAAGAGCUCAAAGAUGGAUUCUACGUAAACCUCGGUAUUGGCAUACCUACUCUCAUUCCUGCAUACCUCGAGCCCGGCGUGCGCGUUUGGCUGCAAAGCGAGAAUGGCAUCCUCGGUAUGGGGCCAUACCCUACGGCAGAGCAGGUGGAUGCAGAUCUUAUCAAUGCGGGUAAGGAAACUGUGACCUUGAUGCCGGGCGCCUCGGUUUUCGACUCGAGUGAAUCAUUCGCUAUGAUUCGCGGCGGUCAUGUCGAUCUUUCCAUUCUCGGCGCCAUGCAGGUAUCGCAAGCAGGAGACAUUGCUAACUUUAUGAUUCCCGGAAAACUGGUUAAAGGUAUCGGAGGAGCUAUGGACCUCGUAUCUAACCCCGACCAGACAAAGGUUAUAGUAGUGAUGGAGCACUGUGCGAAGGACGGCAGUCCCAAGAUCUUGAAGGAAUGCACUCUUCCGCUCACGGGUGCUCGUACUGUUAGCCAAAUCAUCACGGAGUUGGCCAACGGUCACCUCGAGCUUGUUGAACUCCAAGAAGGCGUAACACUUGAUGAAGUCAGGGCAAAGACCGGCUGCGAUUUCAAGGUACGGAGCGGUCUGAGUAAACUUUGA